ACUGCAUAGAAAUACCAUUUGAUCCCCCAAAAGGUUGCCCUCAACUUUUCUUCACCAUUUACAUACAUAUCUAGGUGCCAAAAUAAACCUCAAACCACAUCAAUCAUGGCUCUUUCCGCACCCAGCACGGACCCGCAAGUCCUAAUCGCGCAAGAAACAAGCAGGGACCAAAUUUUCCACACGUUCACCGCAGAAACCGCUUGGCAGCUAGGAAAUGCACUAAGGGACCGAAUCCUCCGCCUCCCGAACGGACAGCGCAAACCGGCUCUGAUCUCCAUUGCGCUCAGCGGCGGAGCCCCGCUCCACGUGGUGUUUCAGUCUGUGACGGAGAGCGGCACGAUCCCAGACAACGAGAACUGGGUACGACGGAAGCGAAACACUGUGCUCCGCUGGGGUGUCUCGAGCUGGGCUAUGAGACAGAAGACUAUUAGUGGGCUCGCGGCUGGUGCCUCGGCGGACCAGAUUGAGGCUGCUUUUGUUAAGAAGUAUGCUGUUCCGAGUGCCAAUGGGGGUGCUGUUGCGGAUGAGUAUGCUAUCCAUGGCGGUGGCUACCCGAUUCGCGUGCAUGGUGUUGAUGGGGUUAUUGGUGUCAUCGUUGUGAGUGGGUUGAAGCAGGAGGAUGAUCAUCAGGUUGUUGCGGAGACUAUUCAGGCGUUUGUGGCUCAGCAAGUAUAAGAUGGAUGUCGUAUUUAGUCACCACUGUAAGAACAUCUAAAUUACAAGGAAAACCUUUACUCCAUGAGUAUUACAGAAGAAAGCGAAGGGGGCCUGGGGACAUUACG